UUCCUUAACUGAAAGCGAGGGGUGGGAGACGACGGUGUGAGGCGCCUGUGUAGGAGUAAAACAUAUUUUGCAUUCAACGAAGGCCCCUGCAUUGCGGCUAUCUUACAUAUGACUUGCAUUGUACAUGCUUUGUAGCGAGUGGAGGUUUGGCUCAGUCAAAACCACUGGGCCUGGGCCGUAGCAGCAUUCUACACGAAUGCUUCCGUUGGCUACGCAGGACCCAACCAGCCCUUGGCGCGGUAGCUUGGCCCAGGCGCGCACCAAAAGUUCCAGCAAGUUCGCUGUUUCCGCUCCUCCCAGUCGUCCAAUAGGAUAGAGAGCGGAGCGGCCCCGGAAGUGACGCACCGGAGUGGCGGCCCUUUUCCGGUUCCGGUCUGGCGAGAGAGCGUUGUAGCGACAUGAAGCUGCUUACCCAUAACCUGCUGAGCUCGCAUGUGCGAGGGGUGGGACCCCGUGGUUUCCCCCUGCGCCUCCAGGCCACCGAGGUCCGCAUCAAUAAUGUGGAGUUCAACCCGGACUUCGUGGCGCGUAUGAUACCCAAGGUUGAGUGGGAGGUGCUUCUGGAAGCGGCUGAUCACUUGCAUCUGAUCGAGGUGCCCAAAGGGCCGAUUCAGGGGUAUGAGCAAGAUGAGACAUUUCUGAGGAAGAUGCACCAUGUGCUGCUGGAGGUGGAAGUGUUGGAGGGCACCCUGCAGUGCCCAGAGUCUGGACGUAUGUUCCCCAUCAGCCGCGGGAUCCCCAACAUGCUGCUGAGUUCAGAGGAAACUGAGACUUAAUGGAGCCAGGCACCGGUUUUUCAUUCUGUGACGGUGUGUAGUUUUGUGUAUAUCCUGUUUGUUUUGUGACAUGUAUCCCCCGUUCUUGACCCAGUGACACACCACACACAUUGUUCUUGAGCUCGAUAUAUUUUUUUCUCAUUAAAGGUUCAAAACCAAAA